AUGAGUGAAGCUGCUGAUUGGGAUAAAAAGGUUGUUAUUCGUAAGCGUGGAGAGCAGAUCAAAGUCACCAAAGGUAGCUCAGCUAUAAAUGCAGCGCGUAGAGCAGGCGUUGUUGUGGAGACAGAAAGAAAAACUACUGGUGGUACAAACAAAGGACACGUAAAUGCGGACCAUCAACGUAUAGCAAAAAUAGAUCGGGAAAAUGAAAUUGCACCACCUCCAAAGAUUAGUCUAUCGGUAGGAAAAGCAAUUCAGCAAGCGAGACAAGCUAAAGGUCUUAAUCAAAAGGACCUUGGUCAAAAAAUCAAUGAGAAAGCUAACAUUAUGGGUCGUACUAUUCCAAAUCAACAAGUUUUGUCGAAACUUGAACGUGUGCUUGGUAUCAGAUUACGAGGAAAGAACAUCGGUGAAACUCUUACAAAAUAA